AUGUUGACUGCUACUCGUUCAUCAUCAGCGUUGUUCAGGAGACUGUCGACAGUCUUAUCAACAAGCAACAACAACAUGAUCAUUUCAUCAUCGUCAUGUUACUCGUUUAAUCAUUCAUACUCUACAGCAACAGCAACAGCAGCAACAGAACAGACAUCAGAAACAACAACGCCAUCACCAAAGACUACAGUUAAGCAAUAUAAACUAAACCCUGCAUCGCCAUUGCAAUUCCCAAUCAAUCCAAUCACCAACAUCAACUCGAUCAAGCCACGUGGUGUUAGCGAGAAACUACCAUUCCACUUUGAGCGAACUGAUAGCGGACGUCUGCCCGUCUACACUGAUCUGAUUCGUAGCAGAAGGACUGAAGAGACUGUCCUCAGAAGAUAUUCAGGUGAUGUCAAUGUUAUAAUACAGGAGCUCAGGAACAUCGUUGGAGACAAUGUAGAGAUCACUCAAAGAGAGGGCACAAUCAGAUUGAAAGGAAAGUACACUACUCAUCUGCUGAUUUGGUUGUCGGCACUCGGUUUCUAA